AUGACCAAACAUUCACUAUUCUCUGUUUUAACAUCAAUCUUUCUCAUAGUUGCUCUUUUUACUGCAACAACCGCGCUUGAUCCCGCACCCGAAGACCCGAUUUUUGAAUUUUAUAUGCACGAUAUACUCGGCGGAAGCAGUCCAACAGCAAGACCAAUUACCGGUUUGCUUGGAAACAUCUACAACGGACAGGUACCGUUUGCUAAGCAGAUCGGUUUCGUUCCACCCGAAAACGGUGUAGCCAUACCCAAUGCAAACGGCGCAAUGCCAACAGUUAAUGGUAUCAACGGAAUUCCUCUAGGUACUGGUUUGUCCGGUACAGCGUUUUCUGGUCAGAAUCUAAAUGGGAUUCAGACACAGUUGGGUCCUGAUGGUUUGAGUCUUGGUUUUGGAACGAUCACGGUGAUUGAUGACAUAAUCACAUCCGGUCCUGACUUGGGUUCGCAGCCACUUGGUAAAGCUCAGGGGGUUUAUGUUGCAAGCUCAGCAGAUGGAAGCACGCAGAUGAUGGCUUUCACAGCUAUGCUUGAAGGUGGAGAGUACAAUGACAAUCUCAAUUUCUAUGGAAUAUAUAGGAUUGGAAGCGCUAUGUCGCAUCUGUCUGUGACUGGAGGAACUGGAAGGUUUAAGAACGCUUGCGGAUUUGCAGAGGUUAGACCGUUGAUUCCUGCGGGGCAACACUUUGUUGAUGGAGCCGAGAUGCUGUUGAGGAUCAUUGUCCAUCUGAAAUACUAA